CCGUGGGCGGUGCGGCGCCGUAAGCGUGAAGGGUGGGUGGUGUCCGCGGUCAUGGCGACUCGCAGAGCUCUGCACUUCGUGUUCAAAGUGGGAAACCGCUUCCAGACUGCAUAUUUCUAUCGUGAUGUCCUGGGGAUGAAGAUUCUUCGACAUGAGGAAUUUGACGAGGGCUGCAAAGCUGCCUGUAAUGGGCCUUACGAUGGGAAAUGGAGUAAAACAAUGGUGGGAUUUGGACCCGAGGAUGAUCAUUUUGUUGCUGAACUGACGUACAAUUAUGGUAUCGGAAACUACAAGCUUGGCAAUGACUUCAUGGGAAUCACACUCGCUUCUAGCCAGGCCGUCAGCAACGCCAGGAAGCUGGAGUGGCCACUCAGUGAAGUUGCGGAAGGGGUUUAUGAAACCGAAGCCCCGGGAGGAUAUAAGUUCUAUUUGCAGAACUGCAGUCCACCUCGGUCAGAUCCUGUAUUAAAAGUCACUCUAGCAGUGUCUGAUCUUCAGAAGUCCUUGAACUACUGGUCUAAUCUACUGGGAAUGAAAAUUUAUGAAAAAGAUGAAAAGACGCAAAGGGCUUUGCUGGGCUAUGCUGAUAACCAGUGUAAGCUGGAGCUACAGGGCAUCCAAGGGGCAGUUGAUCAUGCAGCAGCUUUUGGACGAAUUGCCUUUUCUUGCCCCCAGAAAGAGUUGCCAGAAUUAGAAGACUUGAUGAAAAGGGAGAACCAGAAGAUUCUGACUCCCCUGGUGAGUCUGGACACUCCGGGGAAAGCAACAGUGCAAGUCGUCAUUCUGGCUGACCCCGAUGGACACGAAAUUUGCUUUGUGGGGGACGAAGCAUUUCGAGAACUCUCUAAGAUGGAUCCAGGGGGAAGCAAAUUACUGGAUGACGCAAUGGCAGAAGACAAAAGUGAUGAAUGGUUUGCCGAACGAAAUAAGCCAAAGGCUUCAGGUUAAGAGAAGGUACCAUGUGAAACAAGCAUUUGGGAUUCUGUCGAAUGCGUGUGAGGCCUGACGUGUGCACUAUGUGAUAAACACUCUCCCAGCUUGGUUGUUUCCCGUGCAGCCAAGGAGGCUGGGGUGGUGGAGAUUUGCAUUUCUAAUAUGUGAGAGCUCUGAUAUAUUUUAGAGAGAAAGUCAGUCCAUUUAGAGGAGAACUCUGGCUGUUACCUACACUGUCCCUGGAAAGGGCACAUUCUGUAUGUGACUGUAUUAGAUUAAUAAUAAAUUCUCCGGCCUGGGA